ACUUUCAUCCCUGAAAAAAAGCCCUCAAAAAUCAGGUUUUCCUACAAAAACCCUCUCUUUCCUCCUCCAUUGUUAAUCUUCAUGUUGUUGUUCUCAAAUUGGCUCUGAAAAUUGGCGAAAAAUUCAAUCUUUUGAGUUUUUUUUUGUGAGAAUUUGCACGAAAAAAGUUUUGGGUGAGUUGUGUAAUCGAAGAAAAAGUGGCAAGUCAAGGGUUUAAUUCAGCGGUUUGGACUCUUUUGAGUAUGCAAUCUUCUCAAAAAGUCGAAAUGGAAGUGGAGAAUUCUUCUCCGAAUUUGAAUUUGCCGGAAUCCAAAUCGCCGGUGGUGAAAAAGGGUCAAGUUUCCAGUGAAAGAAGAACCCGAUCUCAAACGGGUGCUGUUCGUAGGGAGCCUCUGAAAAAAGCCCUAAAUUUUAUCAGUAAGAAAUCGAGGGUAUAUGGGAAAAAUCAGGUGAAAAAAUCGAAAAAGAGGAAGCGGUUGAAGAAUGCUGAUGCGGGUGUUGUUGCUUUACCCAAAAGGAGAAAGGGGAAUGAUGAUGAAGCGAUGGAGAAAGCUUUGGUCGUGGAUUUGGAGCCUGGGGAGUUUUGUGCUCGACCGGUCAGGCGCUACCACCCAAGGGUUGGGGCACAAACUAAUGUUGAUGCUGUUAAGUUGUUGAAUGAGAAGUUGGAUGCUAAGCAGAUUCAGAUGUUCAGGGAAACCUGUUUCGGACAUUUCCUUGAUUUGCCUCCAGUAGUGGUACAACAUCAGUUGGCACACUCCCUAUUGUUGAGGGAGGUGGUUGAGGAGGAAGAGGAUGCGCUAUGGAUAUCAAUGAAAAAUGUCAGUCUGCGAUUUGGGCUUGUUGAGUUUGGGAUUAUCACCGGGUUAAAGUGUACUGGUGAUGCUUAUAAAUGCUGUGAUUCCGAUGGAACGGGCCAGUUAAUGAAUACAUACUUUUCUGAACUUACCAGGGUGCCUAAGCAAUCCUUAAUUGAAUGCUUCCAUAAUAAGAGAUGGAAAUCUGACGAGGAUGCAGUCAAGAUUGCUGUCCUGUAUUUCAUUCACACAUUUCUGUUCUCCACUGUGAGUCGUAAACAUAUCUCAAGGGAUGAUUUUGAGCUUGUUGACAGUGGUGCAUAUGAAACAUAUCCUUGGGGGAAAGCUGUCUUUAAAGCCACACUGAAGUCUGUGAAGGGGAAGUUGCAGGGGAAGCCUUCGAUGUACAGGCUUGGUGGAUUACCAUUGGCAUUCCAGUGUUGGUUUUAUGAGUGCUGCCCUUAUGUUAAUAAUAAGAUUGCUUUCCGAGUUGAUGACAAAGUGCCCCGCAUACUUAGUUGGAAAGUUACAAAGCAGCCAAGUUUUAAGGAGUUGUUGGAUGGAAUUUUCAGGCUGAGUCAGGAUCAGUUGAAGCUGAGGAAUAUAUCUCCGACAGAAUUUGAGAAAACAACACUUGGCUUACCUGAAUCAACUGAAAAUGAAAGGGUUAAUGAGGUGGUAUCUGGAGAUGUUAAUCUUAGCGAUGAAGACACUAGCAAUCCACCUCCUCAAGCAAGUAGGAAGCAGCUUAAAACCAAACGUAACCCCCCCUUGAACAAUGAUGACUGGAGCACCGAGUUGAAAAGACUGUCUGACGGACAGUUGGAGUUGAAGAGUGAGAUUCAGAUGCUCAACAAGGAGUUUGCAUCGCUCAAUGACUGCAUGAAGGCAUCCUUCACAAAUGUUUUUAAAGCCAUCAAGUCUCUGUCGAAGAAACAAAAAGAAAAGACUGCUUCCGAGCUUGAUGGAGGAAAUGACCCCCAUGACAGACAUGGCGACAGCAAUUCUAGUGAGUUUAGUAAUAGUGAAGACAAUGGUGGUGAAGGGCAAGAGCCUGGUAAGGACUCUAUUGGUGACAAGGACAAUAAUGAGAAAGUGAAAGAAGGUGCUAUUGGUGAUGUUAAGGAUGGGAAGGAACUUGGAGAUCCUGUGGAAGAGGUUGAAAAGAUGGACGUAUCUGAGUCUCAGAUUCCUCCAGAUAAUUGCGCGGUUUCAGAUCACAUCACACCAGAACAGUUGACACAACCAAGCCAUUCCACACCAGUUCUUGAGUCACCACAGGUGAACCAAGAUGACACUGGCGUUGAAGGUUCUUCCAAGAAGCUGAGCAAUGUUGUUGAUAAUGCUGAUUAUAGUCUGUUGACUGAGUUUGAUAAGUGGGUUGCUGACGAAGGGAUGAAGAAACAAAGCAAGUAAAGAUGAUUGUUUCAGUUUAGCAUAGAGAGGGAAGAAUUAGACUGGUUCAGUUAGCAGUUUUACAUUGAGCAAACGACUUUUGCGUUUGCUCUUCUCCUGUUGUGUUUUUAUUUAUGCUACCUUAAACUCCGUUAAAAACGUUCUUUGCUUUAUCGUAGGAAAAACAAAGGUUGGAAAAAGUGUAUUAUGUUGGUGAACCUGUGUUGAUAAUCUGGUUUUGACAUAAUA